AUGACCACACGAGAUUACAAGGUCCUGCCCAACCCCGAUGGACCUAAGCCCUCUCCUUUGCCCGCCUGGCGGCUGAAGCGUCCAUGGUCCUCCGAGUGGGUUCUGGGUUUUCUGUUAACAGAUGAAGUAGCUGUGCGCGCAUGCGAGAAGCGCGGUGAAUCCGUGGAGGAUUCAGAACACAAAGCCUCGGACUACCACACCAUACACCGCUGGGUUGUCCAGGAUCUCGCGAGAAAACACCCCAUGCCUGCCCGCUUCAUACAUUCCCCCGCGCUCGUCUUCGAAGACCGCACGCGCGCCUCGAUGGAGUUUUGCGUCGCGCUGGUCGACCUUCGGUCUUUUCGCCGCAGCGAGCGUGGGCCUCCGAGCGUAGAACUGGUGGAGGAGAUCGCGGACGAGCUGCAGCUCAAAGGCAAGGCUCGGGUGCCGCGCUGGUACCUGCUUGCGGACCUGGACUAG